UGCUACGGAAGUAGAUAAAAAAGCGCUGUCAAAACUGCACGCAGUCAGUGCUCACUCUGUCAGUCUGUGAGGUGAAGGUAUCGCAUCGUAUUUGCAGUGACUAUGGCGCGUGUUGAAACAUCAUCUAGUAGGCCAUACCACCUGGUUAUCUUCGGAGCCUCUGGCUUUACGGGACAGUUCGUGGUGGAGGAGGUGGCCCGGACCGCGUCCGAGGGUCCGAAAGGGAACCUGAAGUGGGCCGUGGCAGGCAGGAGCAAGCAGAAGCUGGAAAAAGUUCUGGAGCAGGCCGCCGGAGUCCUCAGUAAGCCUGAGCUGAGGUCAGAGGUGGACAUUAUCGUGGCAGAUGUAGAAGAACCAGACUCCCUGGCAGCCAUGUGCAAACAGGCCGUGGUUGUUCUCAACUGUGUGGGGCCUUACAGGUUCUAUGGGGAGCCAAUGGUCAAAGCCUGUGUGGAGAAUGGAGCCCAUCAUAUUGACAUUAGUGGAGAGCCUCAGUUUCUGGAGAGCAUGCAGUUGAACUACAACAACCAGGCAGCUGACAAAGGUGUGUACAUCAUAGGGAGCUGUGGAUUCGACUCCAUACCUGCGGACAUGGGAGUCCUCUACACCAGGGACCAGUUCAAGGGUACGCUGACUGCAGUGGAGAGCUUCCUGACUAUCGGCUCAGGAGAGGAUGGCGGAUGUAUCCAUGACGGCACGUGGCAGUCAGCCAUCUACGGUUUUUCCGACAGCCAGAAGCUCCAGAGUCUCAGGAGGAAGUUUAAUCACAAACCUCUACCUACUGUUGGCUCUAAGCUUAGACGCAGGGGAACUUUGUUCUUCAGUAAUGAGAUCCAGCAGUAUACGGUGCCGUUCAUGGGCUCCGAUCCCUCGGUUGUGAAGCGAACUCAGCGCUUCCUGGUGGACGAGUAUCAGGCCAAACCGGUUCAGUAUGGAGCGUAUGCAGGAAUAGGAGGUAUUAGCAACAUUAUCAAGCUGAUGUUUGCUGGCAUGAUGUUCUGGUUCUUGGUCAAGUUCAGUUUUGGACGCAACUUGCUCAUCAAGCACCCAGAGUUCUUCUCCUUUGGACUCUUCUCCAAGGCUGGACCAACUAGAAAGCAGAUGGAGGCUUCAUCCUUCCAGUUUGCUUUCUAUGGAGAGGGCUACACAGAGGGACAGGACCCCUCCCAGGGAAAACCUAAUGCCAAGAUCCGCACACUGGUUCAGGGACCAGAGUGUGGAUACGUGGCCACGCCCAUCGCCAUGGUACAGGCUGCUCUAACAAUCCUCAAUGAACCCACAGCCUUGCCCAAGACGGGAGGAGUUUAUACUCCAGGAGCUGCUUUUGCAAGAACCACACUGACGGACCGCCUCAACAAACACGGCAUCCAGUUCUCUGUCGUCUAAAGUUUAACCCCCUACCUGAUGCCAUACUCCAGGUUUUUCUCAGCACUUACUCAUUAAUAUGCAUUAUAACAAUCGGAAAGUUUCCAAUUUUUGAAGAGCGCUAUUUCAUUGCGAGAUCCUUGACUAGAGAUGAAGUGCAUUCUAACACCAUUUUUGAUUGUACUUUUUGCAUUUAUCUUUUCAAUUUGUUCAUAAACUUGCUUGUCUCCCUUCGGCUUGAAUGUACUAUUAACCCUCUGCUUGUUAGAGAAAUGGCACAUCUGCAGCAGAAUUUCCCAGCCAAGGACCGUAAAACCAGUCAAGUGUAAAUGGGUUUAACAUGGCCUACCAUUAACAUUAUUAUUGCUAAUGAAAGAAGCAUUUGGAUUGAUUGAUUCACUUUAUAUAAUUUUAAGUCAUAUUUGUACCCAAUUGGACGGAAAUGAUUUAUAAAAGUCUCUCUACCACUGUGCACUAUCAGGCGAGAGAGAGAGAAGAGAAAGAGAAAACUUGUAGAAUACACUUUUAUCAUACCAAAGAAUGGUUGGUGGCAUUUUGCACAGAAAUUAAAUUGUGAUCUAACAGUGUAUUUAUCACACUGACCUUCGUGAUGCAGUGUAUAUGGUAAUUACCUACACAGGAAUGGAUAGCUAGACAACAAAUCACAUGUUCUCGAUAGCUUCAUAGUAAUACAUCUAAUGAUCCUGGACAAUAUUACCCCUGGCAGGAUUGAGGAUUGGUAAAGUAAUUUGAAAUCCGUGAUACAGAUGUAGCAAACUAUUAAAAAUGGUCUACAAUCUUUAUAAGUGUUGUCCUUGUGACAUACAGUAGCUUUGUGCAUGUGUGCACGUAUGUGUUUGCACGUGUACUUACAUGCUUGCUGUCCCUGGCCAGUUAGCUAAAAAUCCUGAUUGCUUUUGUUUUUGACAGUUAACAGUUUGACUAUCACUAAACCAUCCUACGGUCUUGAAUCUUUAUAUUCUUUGUAGCUGAUUGUUGCAAAACUUCACCUAUAGCUGUGUAAGAAAAUGCAUCCAGUUGUUCGUGCACAAAACUGAGUUACUCCAUGUGACUGAACCGAUCCUCUCUGCUGUUUUGUUAACAAGUGUGUUUUUUUUGUUUUUUGAAGAAGUUUGUUGCUCCUCUGGACUGGAAUUGUUUUUUGCCCCACAAAUUGGUGAUGUUUAUUUCAGUCCUUGUUUUUCUCAUUGAGCAUUAUGUGCAUGUGACAAGAAAUGUUUGGGGUUUUGCUGUGCUUUGUUGUAUGGGCCUCAUAAAUAAAACCAACUCUAAUAGAAAAAA